AUGGCGGACUACCACGACCCUGGGGGCCUCAUUCUGGAUGGGCUUUUUGACCCCGACGCCCAAGCCACUGUCACUGACUACAUUGACUACACCGAAUACCUGCCCGCCGACCUCCUCCGUUCCCUCACUCUCAUCCGCGGCCUCGAUGAGCGCUACCUGGACGCUACCCAGGGCGUCCACGAGUUAACCAAAACAUAUGGCCGCCUUCCUGACCUUCCUUCCGAUCGGCGUCCCGAUGCGCGCGCCCUGCGCAAGGACAUCUCCGCCCAGCUCGAUCGCGCCAUCAACGCGCGCGAGUCCGCCUACGCUGAAGCUUGUCGCCUAUACGAGGUCAUUGACCGUCACUACAGUCGCCUUGAUUGCAUCAAACGCAAACUAGAGGCUCUCCCCAAACCCGCAUCGCGCGAACCCACACCACCCCCCGCUCCUCCUGUCCAGACACUCACAACCACCAAGCGCGGCCGAUCGGUCAAGAAGGUUGAUGACCAUGCUGUGGCUCCUGCGCCGCCGACUACGCGCAUUACCUUGCGCCUUGACAGCCGAGAAGGUAGUCGCGCAGUUGCGCAGCCCAAGUCGCGCACCCGUCGAUCGCUCAUCGCCGCCGAACAUUUGACCGACUUUAACCCCGAUUCUCCCAUCGCCAGCACAGAACAUUCUGAUGACGAGGCGAACGCUCCGACAACGUCCUCCGAUUCUCAGCCGAAACCUGCCGCUGCUCCUCCCGUUGCUUCUAAAGCCGCUCGACGUUCACGUGGGUCUGGGCUGGUGCCUGGGGUUCCAGGUACCAGUGGGCCUUCCAUAUCGAUCAGCGGUGCGCUGGCCAUGCUCAAACCACCCCCUGAAGAUGCCAAGCCUGGCAGUGAGGACAUGCCGUGGUUGCGGCUGACUGAGUGGGAGAUGACCAAGCUUCGCAAGAAGAUGAAAAAGAACGCGGUGUGGCAGCCGAGUGAAGUCAUGAUCCAUCGCGAGUUGGCGCUCCGUGGUCGCGGUUGGGGGGCUUACCGAAAGGCCAAGGAAGAAGCUGAUGCGUCCGGGACUGAGUUCCUUGACUGCGACGACAUUAUGAACACGUACAUCCCUGGAAAGCUAAGCAAGCGCGGUGAAGCACCUGUUGACAUUGAGGCACCGUUUGAGACUAAGCUAAGCAAUAGAGGUAUGAAGCUGAACGAGGCUAAGAAGCUUAAGCGUGAGAACCAGGCGCGUGAGCAGGCAGCGGCAGCCGCUGCUGCAGCCGCUGCGGCCGCGGCCGCAGGUGAUCACACAACAGCGAAAAGCCCUGAUCAGCCUACCUUAACACUCAAAGGACCUUUCGCUCCAGAAGCGUCACCGGCUGCAAGCAAACCGAGUCGUUCUACCGCAAAGAAACGCAAGGCGGAUGAAGUAACUCCGCCAGAAGCGACCCCUGCAGCUCCUGCAGCUCCUGAUACUGUUACUCCUCCUGCUCCCGUUACUGCCACAGAAGCUCCAGAGACUACAGAAGCUCUAGAGACUUCAGAGGCCCCAGAAGCCGCAGAGGCUGCAGAGGCUGUAGAAGCUCCAGUGGUCUUAGAGGCUGCAAAGGCUCCAGAGACUUCUGAGGCUCCAGCUGCGCCCGCUGAAUCUACCACUCCUACCGAGGUAGAGACACGGACCUCAUUGCGCAGCGCCAGCAAACGCCGUCGGAUCAGCAAGGGAUCCUUCACUCCUGCCGAGAGCAACGCAACCAUGCCAAACCCGGCUCCACCGACCAGCCCAGAUGCUGCUGCGGCCGAAUCAGCCGAUGCGCAGAAGCAGCCAGUCUUGUCCUCCCCAGUCAGCAAUAAACGAUCUCUUCCCCCUCCAGCUUCAACUACCACUGGCAAAGCACCAGCCACUGGCACGCCCACACCCCCGGUCACUCGACCUUCGUCCCGCCGAGGUGCAGCCCUGUCAGCGGAACCGACCAGCAACGCGAACACCCUGCCAACAACCGGCCGCGAGCUCCGCCGGAAGAGCGCCACGCCUGCGCGACGCACGCCUGUUCCGGAGACGGCCCGUGCCACAAGUGUCAGCGCGCCCCAUCGCAAACGGAAGCGCCCUGCGCCCGGUCCCGUAUCGUCAGGCCAAGAUGGCGGGGCCGCAGUCAGCUACGGCCGACGCAAGGCCAAGCCUGGCAAAAAGCGCAUUAACCUGCUUGAGGGGGACCUUCUGAACCGCGACGACAUUCGCAUUGACGAAGACGGUGUCCUGGAAGAGAUCGACCCUAACGAGCCGCGAUACUGUAUCUGCGGAGAUGUGAGUUUCGGGACCAUGAUUUGCUGUGAGAACCCGGAUUGCGACCGCGAAUGGUUCCACCUGGACUGCGUGGGGCUGUCGGAAGUGCCCAGUCGAACCGCGAAAUGGUAUUGCCCAGAUUGUCGAGUGAAGUUCAACAAGGGAGUGGAUGGGAUAGUGAAGAACAACCCUCGGCGGUGA